UCAAUUUUGAGAGAAAAAAAAACUGAGACGACAGUUUUUGGUGGAAAAACGACAACAGCGCAUCGUUUUCACGGAAUAAGCUCCUCCGGGCGCUCACGAUGGCCAGCCGGUCUGAAUUGGGCCUCGAGCGAGUGAAGCAAAAGCUCGAAAAAUGUUUUGAGAGUGGCGAUUUCUAUCAUACACAUCAAAUGUACAGAACCAUCUAUUUCAGAUUCAAACGGCAAGAAAAAUAUGCAGAAUGCAAGGAUAUCAUGUUCGAAGGCGCCGAACGUCUUCUCUCAAAGGGAGAGCUCAAUUCGGGUGCCGACUUGGCGAAACUCUACCUUGAAGUUCUCUCUAAGGGUUCAAUUCAAGCAGAUUCUGAGAUAAUGAAGAAGCUUGCGAAGCUCCAUUCCAUGAUGAAACCGUCAAGCCCAGAGAGGGUUGACUUCACCGGCGAAUGUUUACAAUAUUCAACGGUACUGGGAGAUCUCUCGGACAAGAAGGCCUUCGGACAUCCCAAUAUGCACAGACUUCUCGCCCUGAAUUAUUGGGCGGAGACGAACUUCCGAGAUGCUAAAUAUCAUUUUACGCGGUCAUUAGAUGGCACGAGCUGUGCGUUGAUGCUCAUCGAAUAUCACUUAAGUAAAGGCUACAAGUCAGAAGUCGAUCUUUUUAUCGCGCAAACGGUGCUGCAAUAUCUUUGUCUGAACAAUCAACGAACCGCUACCGUGGCUUUCUACGUGUAUACAAGAUGGCAUCCGAAUGUAGAUGGACCCCCCUUCGUUCUCCCUCUAUUGAAUUUCAUCUGGUUUCUUCUCCUAGCAGUAGAGACUAGGGCAAACUUGGCGAUUUUCACUGUCCUGUGCGAACGGUACAAGAGUUUUUUGGCCAGAGAUCCGAUGUACAAUGUGUAUCUCGACAAAAUCGGUCAGCUCUUCUUCGGCAAAGCAGUCGCGCCGUCUGAGAGACAUCCGGCUGGCGGACUCCUAGGAAAUAUGAUAUCUCAACUGAUGACCGAGCUGGACGAGGAGGUUGGCUUGGGAGUCUAUUCGGAGGAUGUCGACUGAAAGUUUCGCUUUGGUCGUACAGGGCUGGAAGGCAAGCCGGCGCCAAUCAGCGACGAGCUUACUAGCGUCGGGUCGAGCCUCUGUUUUUCACCGUGUAAAAUUGUGAUGUCAAAGCUCCGCGGGGUCGAAUGAUGGAGCAAUAUAUUCCGAAUUCGAGUGCGUACGACUAUUGUAUGCAGACAGAGAAAGCCCCAUUUGAAUAUCGGAGACUUCAACCUGUCGUGACCCCGCCGGCCGUGCGGCAACUUUGCGGCAGUGUGACUGAGGGAGUGCGUGUGUUCGAGUGCACCAUUUUCGGUGUGGAUAGUGAGAUGAGCAUGCUCGUUUUGUGAGGAGAGAAAAGAACAUGCGUUAUAAUGUGUCAGCUCGGUACGUCGCUUCUUCGCGCUCCCUCGAAACGCUCCUUGUUCUUGAUACCCAUGAACGAUAAUAAAAAAAAA